AUGAUCCCACACUUUUCGAUUUUGUGUGUGAUGACUUUAGGCACUUUGCACGUCGUGUCAUCUCUGGAGCUGCAGCCUGGCAUGCCAAAUGUAUGUGCCGACCAGGAGGUGUCUAUGGUGGGCACCCAGCAGCCUUGUGUUCAGGCUUAUACCCGGUUGGUCAAAGUGUGGAAGCAGGGGUGCACUGGACAUCAGUGGUGUGUGGGAUACGAAAGGAGGACGAUAUACUACACAGGAUAUAGGCAGGUGUACAAUAUGAAUGCCCACACAGUAUAUAAGUGUUGCCCUGGCUGGAACCGGAAGGGUGAUGAAAUGGGUUGCCUGCACAGAGAAUGUGACUCCCAUACAUGCUUCAAUGGAGGACGCUGCACAGACAGUGGGGACCAGAUCUGUCAAUGUCCAGAUGGGUUCAAAGGAGCACAAUGCCAGUAUGAUGUUAACGAAUGUGAAGUGGACCAAGGCGGCUGUGAGGGCUACUGCUGUAACGUCAUCGGGAGCUACUACUGCAAGUGUCCGGAGGGGAGCAGACUGGGCCCUGAUGGCAAGUCUUGUCAAGAUGUGGACGAAUGCGAGGAGAUGAAUGGAGGAUGCCAGCAGACCUGUGUCAACACCCCCGGCUCUUACCACUGCGAGUGCAGUGAGGGCUUCCGCAUGCACACUGAUGGACGCACUUGUAUUGCACUGAAUUCCUGCUCCGUCUUGAAUGGCGGCUGUGAACACAAGUGCGUGGACUUGGGGAAUAAUCAGUACAAGUGCGAGUGCCGAAAGAACUACCAGCUGAAAAGAGAUGGGCGCCACUGUGAAUUGAGGGACCCCUGCUCAGAGAGGAACGGAGGCUGUGCCCAAACCUGCCACUCGGAUGAGGGGCGGAUAGAGUGCAGCUGCAGACUUGGCUUCACCCUGGCCGCAGAUGGCAAGAACUGCAAUGAUGUGGACGAGUGCACCUCCGGCCGGGCGAAAUGCUCUCAUGGCUGCGUGAAUAUACCGGGCUCCUUCAGCUGCAUGUGCAACCCUGGCUUUGAGCUCGGAGCUGACGGGAAACAAUGUUAUCGCAUUGAGAUGGAGAUUAUAAACAGCUGUGAGAAGAACAAUGGCGGUUGUUCUCAUCACUGUGAACACACCACCAAUGGGCCCCACUGCUCCUGCAACCAAGGCUUCCAGCUCGCAGAGGACCUCAAGACUUGCAUUGACAGUGACGAGUGCUCCAGCGGGCAGGCCUGUUGCAGUCACUUCUGUAGGAACUACCCCGGUGGUUAUGAAUGCAGCUGCCGAGCGGGACACACUCUGAACCCAGAUGGCUGUGGCUGCGAUGAUGUUGAUGAGUGUCUGACAGAGACCUCAGGAUGUGAACAUUACUGUGUCAACACUCUGGGCACGUACGAGUGCUUCUGUCGACAAGGCUUCCGCUUGGACCAGGACCAGCACUCCUGCAUCUCUCUUUAUGCAGAACUGGAUGAAGAAGAAGAGGAUGAAGAGGAGGAUGAGGGCCAGGUGCCAGCACUACCAGACCUACUGUUUCGAAAUCCUCCCCGGCUCCUGCAUUACACUGCGGCUUUACACACUGGAUACAGCAAUGACCAGAGCGACUACAGCGAUGAAGAGGAGGAGAGAGAAGCCCAACGAGAACGACGCGGGGAACUGAGACUCAACAGCCAAAUAGUUUGUCUCGAGGGCUCGUUUGGGGAUGACUGCACUCUGAGCUGUGAAGAUUGUCUGAAUGGAGAAUGCAGUGAGAACAAAGAUCGAUGUGACUGCUCUCCUGGCUGGACCGGGAGCAUCUGUAAUCAAACUUGCCCAUUGGGGACUUAUGGGAAGGCAUGCAACAGUCUGUGCCGCUGUCAGAAUGGAGGCUCGUGUGACCCUGUGACCGGGACGUGUGUCUGCCCCCCCGGAGUUCAGGGCCAGUUCUGUGAAGACGGCUGUCCAAGAGGGUACUUUGGAAGACACUGCAAUAGAAAGUGUAAUUGCCCUAACAGUGGACAUUGUCAUCGGCUGCUGGGGGCGUGUCUCUGCUCUCCUGGUUUAUACGGCCGCUUCUGUCAUCUUCCAUGCCCCAGGUGGACUCACGGCCCAGGCUGCUCCAGAGAAUGUGACUGUGUCCAAGAAUAUUCCAGCGGCUGUGACCCCAAAACUGGGCGCUGUGUCUGUAAGGCUGCAUUCCACGGGGCACACUGCGAGAGAGAAUGUGAGUCAGGAUUCUUUGGCCCUGGCUGUGAGACGAGAUGUGAGUGUCCAGGAGGAGUGUCAUGUGACCCCAGGACUGGACAGUGCACCCACACAUGCCCUGCAGGUUUCCAUGGAGACAAGUGUCAACAUGCUUGUAGUAAUGGGUCCUAUGGAGAGAACUGCCAUCUGACCUGUAAGUGUGGAGGAGCACCAUGUGACCCCAAAAGUGGACAGUGCAUCUGCCCUGCUGGAAAGACUGGAAUCUCCUGUCAGGAAGACUGCCCUGAUGGAUUCUGGGGUUUGAAGUGUACCUCAGUGUGCCCCUCCUGUCACAAUGGAGCGUCCUGCAACAAAGUGACUGGAGCUUGUGACUGUACACCGGGCUUCACUGGGAAUCACUGUCAGCAUAAAUGCCUCGAUGGCUAUUAUGGACCAGGCUGCUUGUCCCAGUGCUCCUGUCCUCCUGAUGUCAGCUGUGACCCCCAAACUGGACGUUGUGUCUGCCCCCCUGGAAGGAGAGGACAUGACUGUACAGCGUCUUGUGAGUCUGGAUAUUGGGGCGAGGGCUGCCUCUCUAAAUGUCAGUGUGGCGACAGCUCUUUGGGCUGUGACACAGUGACAGGUCAGUGUCUCUGUGAGGAUGGAUUCACUGGAUGGCACUGUCAACAGAAGUGUGUAAAUGGCACUUAUGGCCCAGGCUGUGCCCACCGGUGUCAGUGUGAGAAUGCAGCUCUGUGUGACCAUGUGAGUGGGGCUUGCACCUGCGCUCCUGGAUACGCCGGGACACACUGUGAAAAAAUGUGCCCGGACGGCUUUUACGGUCUUGACUGUGGCCAGAUGUGCGAGUGCAGGAACGGUGCCCGCUGCCACCACAUCACAGGAGCCUGCCUGUGCACCGCGGGCUGGGCAGGACCACACUGCAUUCAGGAAUGUCCGGAGGGUCUUUUUGGGGAGCGGUGCAAUCAAACCUGUGAAUGUCAGAACGGAGCCAAGUGUGACCAUGUGAGCGGCCAGUGCAGAUGUGAGCCAGGCUGGACUGGAAUCAGCUGUGCAGAGUCCUGUCCUUCAGGUCUCUAUGGGGACCACUGCUCUGGCCAGUGUCUCUGUCAGAAUGGAGGCUCCUGCGAAUCUGUGAGUGGGCUCUGCUCCUGCCCACCCGGGUGGACUGGGGCGGCCUGCGAGCUUGAGUGUGAGGAGGGGUACUUUGGACUGAACUGCUCACAGACCUGCAGAUGUGUAAACAGAGGGAGAUGUGACAGGGUGACUGGAGCUUGUGCCUGUUUAUCCGGAUGGACUGGAGAUCUUUGUCAAACAGCUUGUUCUAAGGGCUUCUUUGGAGUGGCAUGUGAACAGCGCUGUGACUGUGCUCGUAGUACCAGCUGCCACCACACGACAGGGCGCUGUGAGUGUGAGCCAGGCUGGAGGGGUGCCAGGUGUGACAAACCAUGUCUCCCGGGGUGGUUUGGUCCUUCCUGUAGCCAGCAAUGUCAGUGCCAGCGUGGAGUGUCCUGCCAUCACCAGACCGGGAGCUGUGGGUGCCCCGCUGGAUUUACAGGCCCAGGAUGUGAGAAAACUUGUCCUGACGGUAUGUACGGCCAAAACUGCAGCCAGAUCUGCAAGUGCUCCGGGGACCAGGAACAGUGCCAUCCCGUGACCGGCAAGUGCAGCUGCCUACCUGGUUACCAUGGGGCACGCUGCAACCUACGAUGUCGACCGGGCACUUUUGGACCCAACUGCAAAUCACGGUGCAGCUGUGUGAAUGGGGGGCGCUGUGACUUCAGAACCGGGGCCUGCCAUUGUCUGCCUGGCUACAUAGGAGCUAACUGCAGUUCAAGUUGUCCAAACGGCUAUUAUGGGAAGGACUGUGCAAAGCUGUGCUCUUGUGGAGAGGGAGGACAGUGCCAUCCGGUCACUGGGAAGUGUGUCUGUGCACCUGGUUGGAUUGGUCCUUCCUGCCAACAAGCGUGUCCGAGGGGCCGAUUUGGGCUUCAGUGCAGAAGCUCAUGCAGCUGUAAGAAUGGAGCGCCAUGUGAUCCCUUAGAUGGCUCCUGCAAGUGUGGCCCGGGCUGGAUGGGGUCACAGUGUCAAACAGCCUGUCCAAUGGGAAAGUAUGGCCCGGGCUGUGCUCACGAGUGUCAAUGUCUUCAUAAUGCAACAUGUAACUCUGCAACAGGAGCCUGUAAAUGUAGUGCGGGUUACUACGGCCAUGCCUGUCAGCACAGUUGUCCACCAGGGUUCUUUGGAGCAGACUGUGCUCAGACAUGUGACUGCAGAGUGGGACAAAUGUGUGACCACCAGACUGGGAAGUGUAUAUGUCCACCAGGCUACUAUGGGCUGCUGUGUCAAAGACGUUGUGAAGCGGGCACUUUUGGAGCUGGCUGCACAGAGUCAUGUGACUGUGCAGGUGACGCCCUAUGUGACCCCAUAUCAGGGCGCUGUCUCUGCCCUCCAGGACGGACAGGCCAGAGAUGUGGAAAAGACUGCGGAGGAGCAAGGUUUGGGCCAGACUGCUCCCUGACGUGCCACUGUUCACAGGGGGCACAGUGUGAUGGGUUGAGUGGGCGAUGUCUGUGCCCACUUACCUGGCUGGGGCCAACCUGUAGUGAAGCGCUGCCUCACCAACUCCCAGAGCAGCAGAGCCUCUCUGUGUCUCAAAGGAGGAAGAGGAGGAGGACAGGCAGCAAAAGCACAUAAAAUACAAGUCAGAAUGGAAGGUUAGACAGCAGAACUCUGACACGAAGCAUUCACAUCCUCCGGGUAAAAAAAGGAUGUCAUAAAUGGCAGACUUCUCACAUGUCUAAGAGGGAGCCUCCACAGGGACUGGACAGUAGCGUUUACUGCACAUGGGACUGGCACCAGAAGGACAGACGAAGACAAAUCAACUUAAAAACUGAGAUGUGUAAAGAUGUAAACUGAAUUUGAGUAGUAUCUUCUUGUAUGUAGUUGUAAAGUUGUGUUAUUUAUUGUAGUGUAAGAGAUCAAAGCAUAGUAAUGCAAAUAGAGAGCACAUACUACGAAAACUGUGCACAUAGAAUGCAAUUACUUACUUAAAAGUGCUCUAUGUAACUUUUCUGGUGGUGGGUCUACUACCUCUUUCCAUGGAGAUAGUAUUUUUUUGCCUAGAAUGUUCCAUGGUAUGGCAUUGAACUUAUCAGUCUCAAUAGAGUCGGUCAGGUCAGAUCAUCAAUCAAACCAAUCAAUCAAACUUUAUUUAUGAAGCGCUUUUCAUACAAAAAUGUAACACAAAGUGCUUUACAGUGAUUAAAAACAAUCCUACAUUUCCAUCCACCCACCCACUUACCCAACCCCCACACCUGCCCGACUCCACACAACCAAACAACCUAGACACGCACACACACGCGCACACACACAUAAAAUCACCUAUAGUAAAAUGUGAGGCUGAAUACAGGCGAACCAGUUGAGGAGGCACCAUCAGAGGAGCCGUCUACAUCAGGAGCAGAGAGACGUCCACCACCACCAGGAACCGCCACAGGGCCCAGGGGAAAGAUGAGGCCCAAGCACCAACCCUCCACCAGGAGCCCACGGGACAGAACCCGGCAGCCACAGCCGACCUCCGCUCCUGAUGCAGAGGGCUCCUACAGAGGAAACACUGGAAAUCCUAAAAAAAUAUGCCUAAAAUAAAUAAAUAUAAUAAAAUGUGUACAAUAGAAACAGGUAAAAGUAUAAGAAUUGCUGAAAAAUCAUGCUUCCAGUAAGAAUGCAUGCUGUUAAGGAUUUCUUUAGCAAUAAAAACAUCCGUGAUUGAAUAAAUGUAUGAUAAAUAAGUUAAAUACAUACUGUAACAUAUUCCAGACAAGGCCAUAAUAUCUCUAUGGAAACAAGCAGAUGGUGGACCACCUAUCUGAAAAGUUACAUAGUACACUUAAAAAUCAUUAUUAGCUAUUUAUCCGCCAUUAUUUAAAUGACUUUAAAUGUAUACUGGAAGCAAAUAGAUACAUCAACCCUACAGUAAAUGGGCAAUAUUUAAGCCAUUGUCAAAAAACAAAACUAAAUCAGUGUACGAGUUCGUGUACAUUUAGAGCAGCUCCAUAAAUAUCCUUGUUUUGAUUUAACUACUGUAUAUAUACAUUUUACAGGAUUAAGUGGCAUUUUUGAUAGCACAAUGCAGCUAAUCAUCAUCAUCAUAAUAAUAAUAAUUAUAAUAAGAAUAUCAGUCUUUUCUUUUUUGCAUUAUAGGGGUCUUGAAGUAGAAACUUUUUGGAGUACUGUACAUCCAAGGUCUUGUA